GUGUUCUAUUGUUGCGUAAUUGCUUUGCAUUAACACUCGUGUUGUAUAUCCAUCAUCAAUUUGCAAGCCAAUCCAUACUAAUUUAAUAAUAGUAACAUAAUGCCACUUCCAACAUUCGAUCCAGAAGAUUCUUCUGAAGAUCAACAAAGUAAAAAGAUGAAUGUUGAUUAUACCGAACAAACCGAGGCCACUCUUCAAAGUGCUUCUACUGCUUUGGAUCAAGGAGGAAUCAACAAAUUAAAGGAAGUUCUUGAACCUGUUUUAGCUUUGGAAAAGACUGUUCGUCUUGCUGAAGAUUAUGAAAAUCUCUCUAAAAUUCUUGUCCAAAUAAUUGCUUUCUGUGCUAAAGUUCAAGCUUGGGAUGAAUUGAAUGAUCAAUUAAAUAGUCUUAGUAAGAAACGUGCUCAAUCAAGAGGUGGUACUCAAAAGAUGAUUCAAGAAGCUAUGAAAUAUAUUGAUUCUACUCCAUCUUUGGAAAGAAAGAUUGAAUUAAUCAAUAAUAUUCGUAAAAUUACUGAAGGUAAAAUAUUUGUUGAAUUGGAAGGUGCUAGAGUUAUUAGAAUGUUGGCAAAGAUCAGAGAAGAAGAAGGAAAUAUUGCUGAAGCUGCUUCAUUGUUACAAGAUGUUCAAGUUGAAACAAUCGGAAGUAUGGAAAUUAGAGAAAAGAUUGAAUUUAUUCUUGAAUCUAUUAGAUUAUGCAUUGAAAAGCAAGAUUUUGUUCGUGCUGUCAUUGUAUCAAAGAAAAUUACAAAGAAGAGUAUUUCUGAAGAAUCUCACCAAGAUUUAAAGAUUCGUUUCCAUGAACUUAUGAUUCGUUUCUAUAAUAACAAGAAGCAAUAUUUAGAUAUUUUCCGUUCAUACCAACAAAUUUUCACUACACCUAUCAUUCAAGCAAAUGAAAAGGAUUGGAUGAAUAUCUUACAACGUAUGGUUUUAUAUAUUGUUUUGGCUGAAUAUGGUAAUGAACAAAACGAUCUCAUGCAUAGAACCUUUGAAGAAAAGAAAUUAGAAGAACCACAAUUACAACCAUAUAGAAACUUGCUUAAGCAAUUUGUAAAUCGUAGUUUGAUUAAUUGGCCACAAUUCGAAUCAACAUUUGGUUCAUUAAUUAAGGAUCACCCAAUUUUCAAGACUUCUCCAGAAACUUAUGCCGAUCUCAGAAGUAGAAUUGUUGAAAAGAAUAUUCGUGUCAUUGCUCAAUUUUAUUCUAGAAUUCCAACUAAACGUUUGUGCUCAUUGUUGUACUUGGGUGAAGAAGAAGUUGAAGGAUACAUUUCAAGAAUGGUUACCUCCAAGACAAUUCUUGCCAAGAUGGACAGAUUGGAUGGUCUUGUUGUUUUCAAACAAUUACAAACUGGUGACAAUAAUGAAGUUUUGAACUCUUGGUCACACGAUAUUGUGAAUUUGCUUCAAUUGGUUGAAAAGUCAAACCACCUUAUUAACAAGGAAUACAUGAUCCAAGGUGCUAGACAAUAAAUUGUAAAAUAAUUUCUC